CCUGGCUCGGAGAUCAUGGCGGCGGUGGUGGCACUGUGGCGGAGGGCGCUGGAGACCUUGAAGACCAAGGAGUUCCGGGAUUACCUGGCCAGCACGCACUUCUGGGGCCCUGUGGCCAACUGGGGCCUCCCGCUGGCCGCGUUCAAGGACAUGAGGGCACCGCCGGACAUCAUCAGUGGCCGCAUGACAACGGCACUCAUCUUCUACUCAAUGGCCUUCAUGCGCUUUGCCCACCGUGUACAGCCUCGUAACUUGCUUCUGAUGGCGUGUCAUGGCACCAACGUGGUGGCACAGAGUAUUCAGGGGAGCCGCUACCUGAUGCAUUACUACGGCAGUGGCGCCAUGGUGGCGACUGCCACCGCCACCACUGCUGCCUCUACUGGCUCUGUCGGCUCUAUCGCCACUACCACCCCUGUGGCAGAUGACCUUGCGGCUGACUGCUACUGCCCGGAGGCAACCAGCUCUGAUCCGCUGACCCCAGAACAGGAUUGAGAGGGCCCGACUGAAUCCUUGUUGUUUGCA